AUGUCGAUAUUUUCGUCGUUGAGAUACUGCCUGGGUGAAUCCCACCAGCAUGGAAACAUCUGGAUGGCCCUUGGUUUCAUCCCGUUCGGCCUCUUCUUCGACUUCAUGGAUGGGAAGGUUGCCAGAUGGCGGAAGAAGUCGUCGCUGAUGGGCCAGGAACUGGACUCUCUAGCGGAUCUGGUCUCGUUUGGCGUUUCUCCUGCAGUGGCAGCAUUUUCAAUUGGAAUCAGAUCGCCGGUUGACCACAUCCUACUCACGCUCUUUGUUCUCUGCGGUCUCACUAGACUCGCUCGAUUUAACGUCACUGUCGCAACACUCCCCAAGGAUAAGACAGGGAAGUCAAAAUACUUUGAAGGAACCCCCAUUCCAACAACGCUAGUGCUUGUGGGAAUAAUGGCGUAUUGGCUGUCUCAGGGUUGGAUUUUGGAAGAUCUUCCACUCGGUGUAAUGCUCCCAGGCACUGCGCUCGAAUUUCACCCUGUUGUUGGCAUGUUUCUUGUUAGCGGGUGCCUGAUGGUAAGCAGAUCUAUACAUAUCCCAAAGAUAUGA